CACGUAUAUUCUCUUUCCUUAUUAUAAAUAAGAUGGAGUCUAACACAUCAUUGUUGUAAAGAGAGAAAUAUAAUUAAAAUGAAUGUAUUGGAACAUGAGCAUCCCCUAAAGCUCGUUGAUUUGCAGCUAGAAUAUCCACCCUACGAAGAAGAAGAAGAAGAGGAAAAAGAAGAAGAUGAUGAUGAUGAUGAUGAGGGUGGUGGUGAUCUGGUUAAGAAAGAGGACUUUUCUGAAGUUGCAUGUGACAGGUGUGGCCAAGUAAUCAGCAUGUACCACAUGUACUACUACAAAUGUAUGGGAGGUGAUUCAUCAUCAUCAUCAUCAUCAUCAUCAUCAUCAUGUGAAUGUCUUUUCUCACUUCACAAAUUCUGUGCUGAGCUGUCCCCAAGGUUAGACCAUGCAUUGCACCAACACCCUCUUAUCCAGCGUUAUGAGACGCAUUAUUCUUGGACAUGUGAUGUUUGUAACCAAAUGCACACAGAUGAUGCAAUUUGUUAUAAAUGUGAUGAAUGUUCUUUUUACAUUGAUCUCAAGUGUGCUGUGGAAGUAGGAAAACGAAUCAUCCAUCAUCCGUGCCACCCACACGCAUUAAUUUGUGCAGUCUCUCAACCCAUUUUGUGCUACUGCCAGGCUUGUGGGAGAAGACAUGAAGGGAUGUUCUAUCAAUGUAGUACCACUUGUACCAACUUCACCAUACACAGUGAUUGUGCUUUCCUACCAGAAAAAUUGUUAAUCCAAGACAGAACAGAUGGUGCUUUUCAUCAUACUCAUCCCCUCACCAUUUCAUAUUCAUUCCCAGAUCAACUAGCUAAGCAUUUUCCCAGAUGCAGAGUAUGUGGUGGUUAUUUUUUUGGUAACAAGGAGGCAUAUCUUUGGAUAUACAAAUGCGAUAAAUGUAUGUAUUAUGCCCAUCUAGAUUGCGCAACAUCAAGAACAGAGCCGUUCAUGUCCAUCUUCUUGGCUGCAGAUUUUGGCAAAACCAUUAAAAAUUUUGAAGAUGUUGAUCAUCCUUAUCUCCUUCGUCUCCCAUUCCCCGAUGAAACAUACAGCCUACCUAAACACUCCUUGUUCUUCCAAGAAGAAAGCGGAACAAGUAGUUAUGAGGGAAACCUAAAACACAUAAGUCAUCAACACCCUCUCAUUCUAGUUGAUGUUGAUCACGGGCAAACCUCCUCCUCCUCAAAUUCUUUGUUAUUAAUAAAGUGUCAUGACCCAAUGAAAAAGACCCAACUGCUAUGCAACGGAUGUCUCAGACCAAUCAUGUCCACCAUGCCUCUUUACAAAUGCCCUCACCAGAGUUGCAAUGACUUUGCUCUCCAUGAGUGGUGCACUCGACUCCCCCAAGAAAUACAAAACCACCCAGAUCACCCACAACAUACCCUACAUCUCAUCUACUCAAACAAUCUUCCUUUCUUUUUCAGUGUGUUCCAUUGUGCUGUUUGUGAUCUGCCUUGCAACGGAUUUGCGUAUGGUUGUGUCGAAUGCAAAUACUUUGUUGAUGUUUCAUGUGGGCUUAUACCUAAAGAAAUCACACAUAAAGCUCACCCAAAUCACAUACUUUCAUUAGUUCAAAAGAUAUUUGGUGUUGAUAGGUGUCAUAUAUGUCGCCUACCUUUUGAUGAUGAUCAUGUUCAUUAUGAAAUUCGUCCAAUUUUGUUCGGCUGCAAAGCUUGUGAUAUUUAUAUGCAUCCCCAAUGUGCUUUGUUAUUAGCCGAAACAACCAGGCACAAGCAUGACAAGCAUCCCAUACACCUAAGUUACCUCCCAAUUGAGAACCAUAAGAGUGAAUACUUUUGUGAAAUUUGUGAGCAGGAUUUGAAUCCUAAUGCAUCUUUCUAUCAUUGCAAAGAUUGUGUUCAAUCCAUACAUACGGCUUGUGCUCCUCUAAUAGUUAAGUGCGAAACAGAAACCUAUAAUUUCCAUUCCAGAAGCACUUAUUAUUUUGUUAAUAUAAAGUUUGGAGGCACUCAUAACACCCGUCAACACCUACACCCUCUCUCAUUUGCUCAAGGUCUUGAGUUAGAUGAUCGAUGUAGUCGUUGUUUUGAGUUAUUACAAUACAAAAUGAUCUUUAAAUGUCUUGAAUGUAGGUUUGCCAUUGAUUAUGACUGUUGUAAAUUGUAAGCAUUUGAGCCACCAUAUAUGAAGCUUUUGCUCUCCCUACAACAUUGGUUUGUAAUUGAAAUUACUCUUUUUUGUAUCUCUCUCCUUUAUGUGUAAGAUAAUACAAUAAAAAAAUGGUUUGUAAUUGAAAUUACUCUAUCUAUAUGUCUCUUUUAUUCAUAAGAUAAUACAAUAACAAAAUGGAAUUUAACGCA